AUGGAGAUUGCUGCGUUUCUCCUCUUUUUUGCAGUGUUGUUGGUAUACUGUUUAAAGGCUAGCUCAGCUGCGGCAGUAGAGACCAACAUCACCACAGACCAAUCAGCGAUUCUUGCCCUCAAACACCAUAUAGAUGGCCCUUACAAAAGGUUGGCAAGCAAUUGGUCUACCUCUACUUCUGUUUGCCAUUGGAUUGGGAUCACUUGUGGUGAGAGACACCAUAGAGUCAUUGCCUUGAAUCUUUCUCAUAUGAGUCUUUCAGGAACCAUUGCUCCACAAGUGGGAAACCUAACAUUCUUGUCUCAUUUAUCCUUCAGAAACAACAAUUUUCAUGGUUCUCUUCCAAACGAGUUGGCUGCUUUGCGUCGGUUGGAAAUUGUCAGCUUUGGAUUGAACAACUUUUCGGGAGUGUUACCAUCAUGGCUUGGGUUUUUACCCAAACUUCAAGAGUUGUAUGCUUAUACAAACAGUUUUGAAGGUACUAUUCCAGCAUCUCUAGGCAACUUAUCGUCACUGCAAAUACUUCAUCUCAGCGAAAACAAGCUUUCAGGAGGAAUUCCAAAAAGUUUGGGAAACUGUACUUCCCUCAAGAUAAUUCAUUUGGAUGAUAACAACUUUACAGGUGAAGUACCACUCGAGAUUGUCACUCUUCAAAAUCUAACGGAACUAAGUUUAGCCAACAACAACUUAACUGGUCGCAUCCCAAAUGCACUCUUCAAUAACUCAAAGAUUGAACUCAUUUGUCUAUGCAUGAACCAGCUAGUAGGCCUACUUCCAUCAAGCAUAGGAAAUUGGCUUCCAAAUCUUAAGUUUGUUUACCUAUGGGAUAAUGAACUAUAUGGAAUAAUUCCUAGCUCUAUCUCAAAUGCUUCUAAGAUCACAGAACUAGAGUUGGGCGCAAACAAUUUCUUUGGCUCUAUUCCUAAUACUUUGGGAAAUUUAAGGCGUCUUGAGAAACUCAAUUUAGUCAACAAUAAUUUGACCAGAGAUUCUUUAAGUCUAGAAUUGAGUUUUCUCACAUCUUUGACAAACUGCAAAAAUUUGACAACUAUAAAGCUAGCAGAUAAUCCCCUUAGUGGCACCCUUCCAAAUUUCAUUGGAAAUUUCUCUACUUCUCUUGAAGAAUUUGUAGCAUUUAAUUGCAACAUUAUUGGCACUAUUCCUACAGGGAUUGGUAAUUUAAGCAACUUGAUGACCCUAAACCUAGAUGACAAUAAAUUGGUUGGACCAAUUCCAACUACAAUUGGAGGGAUGAGAAAGCUCCAAGGUUUGAAUCUUCAACACAAUAGACUCAAAGGAAUCAUCCCAAAUGAUAUUUGUCACUUGAGGAACUUGGUUGAAUUACAUUUAAACCAGAAUGAGCUCUUGGGAGCAAUACCAACAUGCUGGGGAAAUCUUUCUAAACUUCAAAAGUUGUCCUUGGAAUCCAACAAAUUGACUUCCAUUCCCUCAUCCCUUUGGAGUAUUGAAGACAUACUGCAAAUAAACUUGUCCUUCAAUUCUUUAAGUGGCCAUCUACCAUCAGAUGUUUUGAAUUUGGAGCAGGUAGUAAAUAUAGACCUAUCAUGGAAUCAACUAUCAGGUGACAUUCCUACUUUUGGAGGUCUGUGUCCUUUGGAAAACCUAUUCUUAGCACAUAACAAAUUCCAAGGUCCUAUUCCUCAGUUAUUUGAUAUGUUGAUAAGCUUGGAAAGCUUGGAUCUAUCUAAUAACAACUUAUCAGGAGAAAUUCCCAAGUCUCUAAUGGAACUCAGAUGCCUCAAAUAUUUCAAUGUAUCUUUCAAUAGAUUGCAAGGUGAAAUUCCAUCUGGGGGUGUUAUUGAUCAAUUCUCAGCUCUAUCAUUCAUGGGAAAUCGAGCAUUAUGUGGUCCACCCCGACUACAAGUUCCACCCUGUGAAACAGGAAAUGUUGGACAAUCAAAGAUGGUCAUUGUAGUUAUUGUAAGGUAUAUUCUACCAACAAUGAUAGCAGCAAUACUAGCAUUGUUCCUCAUAUUUGUUUUGAUGAGAUGCCGAAAGAGGGAUUCAAAACUAAGAGGUCAAGGAGAUUUGUUACCUCUAGCGACAUGGAGAAGAAUAACAUAUCUAGAACUUGAACAAGCAACAUAUGGAUUCAAUGAAGGCAACUUAGUUGGGAAAGGGAGUUUUGGCUCGGUGUACAGAGGGAAACUUUCAGAUGGGACUAGUGUUGCAGUAAAGGUUUUUAAUUUGAAUAUAGAAGAAGGGUUUAAGAGUUUUGAAGCUGAAUGUGGUGUAAUGCGCAGUAUUCGCCACCGUAAUCUUGUGAAAAUCAUAAGUAGUUGUAGUAGCAUUGAUUUUAAAGCCUUGGUACUAGAGUACAUGCCCAAGGGGAGCCUUAAGAAGUGGUUGUAUUCUCAUAACUACUUCUUGGAUAUGAUAGAAAGAUUGAGCAUAAUGAUAGAUGUUGCAUCAUCAUUGGAGUAUCUUCAUCAUGGUUGUGCUUUACCUGUUGUCCAUUGUGAUUUGAAGCCCAACAAUAUCCUCCUAGACAACGAUAUGGUUGCACAUGUGAGUGACUUUGACAUUUCAAAAUUCUUAAGCAAUGAAGACUCUACGAUUCAAACCAUGACACUAGCCACUAUUGGUUACAUGGCACCAGAGUACGGAUCACAAGGGAUUAUUUCCACAAGUGGCGACGUGUAUAGUUUUGGAAUUUUGUUGAUGGAAACAUUCACAAGGAAGAAUCCCAUAGAUGAUAUUUAUGCCAACAAUCCAAGUCUUGCAGCAACUGAGUUAAUGAACGAACCUCAUGCACCAGGAGUCACUCUAGACAACCUUAAAAACUAUUAUAAAUCCAGGUAUGAUGCCGUGAGAAAGUACACACCAAGUGCUUAUGUGAUCCUCUCAAACCAGUUGGGGAAUGCUGAUCCAAAGGAGCAACUCUCAUUUGCUAAAGACUUCAACCAUGUAGUCAUUGACAUGCAUUACUACAAUCUCUAUUCAGAUGAGUUUAGCAACAUGAAUGCACAAUUCAUUCUCAAUGAUAAAUUUCAAAUUUGCAGAGAAUAUCCCAAACUCUAA